AUGCGGCCAGCUCAACUCGGCCUUCUCAGCUUCACAGUGCAGCUGAACUCGGUCGCAAGCUUAGAGAUUAGACAACAUCCCCUGUCUGUAUGCCCAAAGUAUCUCGACUUUGCACGACGAGGGCACCCUCCGUAUAGUGAGGGCAAGCGGCACCUUCCGUCGCAGCGUCCAGUCGAAGAGUGUCGCACAUUUGUCUCUCAAGCAAUUGAAGACCGCAUUGACCAAGUCGUCUCUGGCAUCGCUGACCCGGAUAUGGCUCUCCUUUUUGGGAAUUGCUUUGCCUCGGCGGCAGAUACGACAAUACGGUGGCAUAAUGCAUCAGCGCCAGAGACUUUUGUCAUCACGGGGGACAUCAAUGCAAUGUGGCUAAGAGAUAGUGCUUUCCAACUCGAACCAUAUCUCGACCUGGCAAGCAAAGACAAUGCUUUACAACGGCUGGUUCUCGGUGCCAUUCAAACUCAAGCGAGAUACAUCAAAGCAUUUCCGUAUUGCAACGCAUUCCAAGCACCUGCAUCAUCUGGCAUCAAGCCAGCCAGUAAUGGCCAGCAUGAUCGCGUCAGGCCACCUUACGAUCCUGAUCGAGUGUUCGAAUGCAAGUACGAGAUUGACUCGCUGGCUGCAUUCUUGCGCCUGUCGCGCAAGUACUUUGAGCAGACAAAAGACAUAGCCCUCUUCACUCAAGAUUGGGCUGGUGCGCUACAACAGAGUAUGAGGUUAUUUGAUGAGCAAUCAAGGGCAUCAUUCGACAAGAAUGGUCACUGGUCAAAAUCUGUCUAUGCGUUUGAAAGACAAACAGACAAAGCCACAGAAACACUCGCUCUUGAUGGUGCCGGAUAUCCUGUUAAUGAGGGCAGCAAGUUGGUGAAGAGCAGUUUUCGUCCCAGCGACGACGCAACCAUCCUACCCUUGUUCAUACCAGGCAACGCGAUGCUAUCAGUCGAAUUGAAGCAUGUUGGUAGGCUCCUUCAGUCUGCAGAUACAUCCGGCAUUGGUCGGCGCGUGCUGUCCAGAUGUCUGACCGGAUCCGCGAAGGUUUACGAACACGGGGUAUUCGAACAUCCUGAGUUUGGUCAAGUGCUUGCAUACGAAGUCGACGGUUACGGCGGGCGUAUUGUGAUGGAUGAUGCCAAUAUACCAUCCCUUCUCUCAUUACCGAUCCUCGGGUUUCUGGACAAAGAGGAUCCAAUAUAUCGCGCUACGAGGAAGAUGAUAUUAUCACGCCAAGGUAACCCUUACUAUCUGGCAGGCAAACGAUUGAGUGGCAUCGGUUCGCCACAUACCCCGUUGAGAAAUAUCUGGCCCAUGUCAUUGAUCGUGCAGCUUUUGACAAGCGUUGACAAAGCUGAGAUAAGCAGUCUGCUAGAGACACUCGUCAGCAACACUGGCCGUCUCGGAUUGAUGCAUGAAAGCAUCAACGUUUCCAACGACGAAGAAUUCACUCGACCGUGGUUCUCUUGGUGA